GGCCUCGCGAGAGCGGGGCUUGGCUCCGGCCGCCGGUCCAUCAUGGCCGGCGCUGAGGGGAAGGCGGGCGUCGGCGGGCGAAGGGGACGCGAGGCACGGACCAGCCUGACGGCCUUCGUGCUGGGAAGCUCCGUGGCGGCCGUGCCGCUGCUGCUGUCGGCGCCUCCGCCGGCGCUGCUCUCCGGGCUGGGCUUCCAAGGCCGCGCCGCGCUGGCCCUUCAUGUGGCGGGAGUCAACGCCGCCCUCCUGCUGGCCUGGGGUCGCGCUCCGGGGGGCAUGUACCAGAUUGCCAUCCGUGCCUGCUUCUUGGGCUUUGCAUUCGGGUGUGGUUUAUUGCUCAGCUUCGGACAAUCUACGUGGAAGCAUUUUGGAUGGUAUAUGUGUUCGCUCUCCUUCUUCCAUUAUUCUGAAUACUUGGUGACAGCCGUUAACAAUCCCAGAAGUCUCUCCUUGGAUUCCUUCUUGAUCAACCACAGCUUUGAAUACAACCUAGCUGCAGUCUCAUCCUGGGUUGAGUUCACCGUGGAAAAAUUCAUUUGCCCAGAGAUGAAGCAGAUCACUUGGCUGAGUUCGGCAGGGCUGCUUAUGGUGGUUUUCGGGGACUGUCUGAGGAAGGCUGCCAUGCUCACAGCUGGCUCCAACUUCAACCACAUUGUUCAGAAUGAAAAAUCGGAGACCCACACUCUUGUGACCAGAGGUGUUUAUGGCUGGUUUCGUCACCCAUCGUACGUCGGAUGGUUUUACUGGAGUAUUGGGACCCAGGUAUUGCUGUGCAAUCCAAUCUGCAUGGUGGGCUACACGCUGGCAUCCUGGCGCUUCUUCCGGGAGCGGAUAGAAGAGGAGGAGAUGACACUGAUCCAUUUCUUUGGGGAAGAGUACCUGGCCUACAAGAGGAGGGUCCCUACAGGCUUGCCGUUCAUCAGAGGCGUGAAAGCAGAACUAUGAAGACCCCGGGGCCGGCAUUGAGCAGAACGUGGGAGCUCCUGGCUCCAGGGGCCGCUUGGCCUGGCCUGUGCAGAAGAACAACGGUGACAUUCGUGCCGUGCCAGUACAGUAGCGGUCAGUUUUAAUACCUAGUGAGUUUCCUGGAGGUUUGUGAAGGGCUGGGCAGAAGCUCCAUACCUUAGGCAAAAAUAGAUGCCCUCCCUUGACAUAAGCGGGAGAAGGGACUGCUUGGAUGAUCAGAGCUGCACUGAAUCCUCAAGGCCGACUUUGAAAGCAAAACAAUUUUCUUUGCUCUGCCUCUUGCAGCUUUGAUGGACCAAAGUGCACCAAAGCAGAUUUCAAUGACAAGCUCGCCCUUUGAGUAACCACUAUUGCUCCCUGGAAGGGAUUUGGAUAGCAACUCACUUCUCUAGUCGAAAGUUUUUCUUUUCUUUUUUAAAGCAAAGGGGCCCAGCCCUUCCAGUUCUUCCCCCUCUCCACAAAUGCCGCCCCACCAAAGGGAAAGCGCAGCACAGCUUUAAACUCUAGGCCUGAUCUCCUAAGCACUCCCAAGGCUGGGCUGGCAGGGGGUAGGGUCUGCUUGCAACAUCCAGGCCCUCUGGUUCUAUCUUAAAAUGCAUGACUACUGUCAAGAUUAACAACACAGGCAAAGAGAUCUCCUUUCCCUUUGCCCUUUUUCCAAACCAGGCUUGCAAUACACCUCACAAACGAACGAAAAAAAGAGAAGUCUUUGCACCUAAA